UAAUCCUAUGCUCAUAGCACCGUAGUAUUUCAAAAAUGUCAUCUGAUGGUAGUUUAGGUGGUUACUUUCUGUUGUCAGUCACUGGACAGAUUGAAAAGGCUGACUUUCCACUCCAUGACUAUAUAUGGUGCAAGUACUGCUUCGCAACUGGUCAAGACUGGACCAAAUUAACCGUAAGAUUCUAAAAUGACCUAUACAACAGAAAUAUGACAGGGCCUCGAUGAAGGGAUGACUCAAACUUCUAUUAAAGGUGUUGGUUGCAAUGAUCAGAACAAUUUCAACUUUCCAAUUGACAUUUCAUGGAAGUCUACAAACCCAUUCGGUUGGCCUCAAAUCGUCCUUCAUGCUUAUGGCGUUGACGUCUUUGGUAAGGAUGUUUUGCGAGGUUACGGUGCCGUUCACGUUCCAAUGAAGAUCGGAAGCCACAGAAAAAGAGUAUCCAUGUUUGUGCCUCAAUCUUCUUCACAGUUAAUGAAAUUGAAUGCAUGGUUAACUGGAAAAAGACCAGAGUUUCUUAAUCCAAAAGUAAUAGCUUAUGGUGAGGGUCGUGGAGUAACUAAAGUGCAAACCCAAGGUUUCGUAGAUAUCAUAUUCAAUAUCGCCGUAAAAAAUCUACAGAAUUUAGGUUAUGCUAAUGAUAAGAAAAGGGAGACUUUAACAGAAGAUUUAUUGAUGCUAAUAAAUAAAGAUCCAAUAUAG